AUGGCGUGGUGUUCAAAGACUGCAAUGGAGAUGCUCUCCAAUGCGGUGCUGAGCGACGUCGUGAGCAGGUCCGUGUCCUUCUUGCUCGCCAAGAAGCGCGAGAAGCAGACGACGGCGGCUGCGCAGGAGGGCCUGCUGCGGCGGCUGUGCCACCUUCUGCUGAGGAGCGGCACGAUAGUGGAGGAGGCCGAGCGGCGGCACGUCACGAGCCCUGCCAUGCUCCGGCAGCUCGAGUCCCUGAGGAACGAGACGCUCCGGGGCUACUAUGUCCUCGACGCCAUCAGGUGCCAAGCCGCGCCCAGAGGAGCAGACGACGGGCGCAAGGACGAGGACGAGGACGACGACGAAGCCGCGGCGGUGAUGAGCCGCCACGUAUUCGCACUGUCCACGUUCAACCCGGCGAGCUACCCUCCGUUGCACCAGCAGCCCUACAGCGCCCAUCUGUUCAUAGACAGGUGCAUGUUUGGCCGCCACAUGGAGAAGGAGAGAGUCAUGGAGUUCUUGCUGCAGACGGAGGAGCCUCCUGGUGCAGCAGCAGCAGCAACAACAACAACACUGGGUGUUCUCCCCAUCGUUGGCCCAGCGCACAUCGGCAAGAGCACUCUCGUGGAGCAUGUUUGCUGCGACGAAAGGGUGCGCGACCACUUCUCUUUGAUACUGUUCUAUACUCGGAAUGACCUUAAAGACGAGGCAGUGACCAGUUUCAGAGACAACUGCGUGAUCAGGCACCGGAACGAGGAAGCCGUAGGGAAGAAGAAGAAGAAGUUGUUGAUUGUCAUCGAGCUCUUAGAGGACGUGAACGAAGAGACAUGGAGCAGGCUGCUGCAUCAUUCUUCCAAGGGAAGCAUGCCGAAGGGGAGUAGAAUGAUCGUCACCAGCCGGUCAGAGAAGAUUGCGAGGCUUGGGACAACACCUGCUCUCAGGCUAAAAUGUUUGCCCAUCGAAGCCUACUGGUACUUCUUCAGGACAGUCCUAUUCGGAAGCGAUGAUCCGGGGCAGUAUCCAGAGCUGGCGUCUCUAGCUAUGGAGAUGGCGAACCUGAUGCAAGGAUCUUUCAUGUUUGCAAACGUCGUUGGCGCCGUCGUGCUGAGAGAGAAUUUCAGCGCUCGGAGUUGGCGCAGAGCUCUUUGGAGAACAAGGGAGUACAUGGCCAAGAAUGUCUCCUUGUUUGGUGAGUACCCAGAUGAUAUCAAGCCCACCAGCUGGGAUCGUCCUCGAGUUACCUGGAGCAUAGUGCAAGAGAGACCUGACAAGUACUGUAUGCUCUACGACAUUUACGAGAGAGGGUCGCAGGAGGAGGUUCCGGAGAUACCGUUUUCAGAUAUGCUAGCUCGGUGUGCUCAUCCACGAGGGGAGUACGAGAUCCUGUUCUGGAAAUCUCGGAUUCCACCGUACCGUAGCUAUGUUUGCAAAUGUGAGAUCCGGGAUAUGAGUGCAUCAUAA